AUGAAGGGUCUAGGCGAGGGUUACCAUCAGACGGUUAGCGUUUACCCAAGAGCCGAGCAUACAUAUCGAGCACGAAUAAGUCGAAAAGAUGUCGGCGGGACCACGUUCCAGGCGGCUUACACCCCUAUCGACACUGACCCAGGCCCACCAGCUCGCGGCGGCCCGCCUGGAAGACUGAGCGAGUUCCCCGGUCUCCAAAGCGACAGUGGCUAUACUAUCAUUCCAAUUGACUCAAAAAUAUCAGGCCAGCAGGCGUGGGCAGCACAGCCAGCGCCCAGCAAACAGCCGGCCUAUAGUGGCCCCCUUGAGGACGCGCUCUCCAUUGCAAGGACAAAUGCUGUAAAGGAUAGCAAGGCCCCCACGAAGCCGAAACAUGCAGGCCUGGACGCCGUGCAGAUGAGCCUGCAGGACAUGCUGGCAGCUGCCGCACGCAUCCACAACGAGCUCUUAGCCUCGUCCACGACAAACCGGGCGCCUGUAGCCACAGAUGCCGCUGGCCCUGCUGCUGCCGCUACCACCUCAGCUGCAGGACAUGCGCCAGCAGCCUCAAGGUCAAUCGGUGCCUCAGACCCAGCCUCCGCCUUCGCCGGCACUGCGCCAAUUCCCAACACCGCCCCAGCUUCUGAUGGAAGCGGUGUUCCCCAGCCUCAUCCCUUGGCACCAGCCCAAUACUCCCCACCUGCACCCCAGCCCCGUGGGCCCUUGGAGGCCCUUCGGGAUGAGUUGUUCGGCAGCCUCACCAUGCCUUCUCCCCGGGCCCUUGGAAGGCCCCCAACACCCCAGCCCACUGGCUUUCCCGCCGCACCACCCGCCAGCCCGGCUGCUGCGCCGGUAUCCACCCCGCCGCCACGUAUGGCCCGGGGACCCCCUGAUGGCUUGGAUACAGCGAAUGCAAGUCCCACUCCAAGUACGUUGCGCGCGAUGGAGACAGCAGCACUGGCGCUGCAGGAGGAGACGUCUACUCUGACAGCUCAGGCAGGGUACAGCUACGCAGACCUGUCCUCCAUCUACUCUAUCCCUGACUCCGCCCUGAACGCCACGGCGCGCACGCCCAUGUCCUUCACCACCGCCGCGGUUUCGGAGCUGGACACCCCUAGCAGCGUGCGCAGCCGGGACGACGAAUACAAGUACGACAAGUCGUUCGUGAGCCCCAAGAGCAGCGAACGGGAUCCCAGCACUGCCCGGGCUAGCGGCGGCCGGUCCGGGCGCAGCAGCCAGCUCAUCUACGAGCGCAUCGCGUCCGGCUACGAUGAUUACGUGUCCCCCGCUUCGUGGAUGUCCCUUCGGGAGCAGCACAGGAGCUCCCAUGUGAAGGUGACGUCGACGUCCUGUCCCGGCCUUGGUGGCCCCGAGUCGGUGUCCUCGACCCCGACGGGUCCCUCCGGUUGGGCUAGCGGCGGCGGUGGUGGCGGCGGCGGCUUGAUUGACCUGCUUGCCAGCGCGUCUGCAGUAGCAGUGGCGGAGGUGUUGUCGAUGCCGCCGCCGGCGUCCCAGGCGUCGUUAGCACCGUCUAAAUCCUCCAUGCCGUACAUGCCGAGCGAGACGGACAGCAGCGUCCGCACGGGCAGUGCCUGGAGCGAGUACGUUCCCCAUGGGAACCGGGGCCAACUGCAACAACAUCAUACGCAGCAGCAGCAGCAGUGGCAGCAGCAGCAGCGGCAGCCCGACCAUGCUUCACGGCAGCAGCAGCAGCAAAAGCAGUCGCAGCAGCAGCAGCAGCCCGCCGGUGGCCCACUUGACGUCCGCAGCGGCCGGGCCGGCAGCACCGCGUCCAGCGGUCCACACAACGGCUUCAGCAGCUUUGCGUUCUCCGCAGGGCCUGACAGCGGCCGCGGCCGAGACCGGGUCACCGGCAGUGAUCACCUAUGCCGUACGCUCUCUUUCGGUGUGCCUUCUGGCACUCUCAGCAGGAGCGGAUCAAGGGGCGGCUCCUGCAAAGGCGACGGAGGCAGCCUCAGUGGCGACAGCGGCAGCAGUUCUGCCGGCACCGCCGCCGCGCCGGCCGGCGGUGAACUCACUGAGCCUGAAUCCUCCGUGGCCGUGUCUCAAUCAACAACAGCAACAGCAGCAACGGCGGACCGAAAUGCAUGUAGCAUCCCCGGGGCACCCUACGGUGGUGGCGGAGGUAGGCGGUAUGCGAAUGCCACCUUCACAAACCCGCUUUAUUCACAGGGGUCCACUGAGAGUGGUGCUGCAGGCGGUGGCUGCGGUGGCAGCACCAGCAGCAGCAAGAGCGGCUACAACAGACCUCCGGAAAACCGAGCUGUCAGCAGCGGCGGUGCCGCGGCCACACCGCCGCCGACGGCGUGCGGUGGCGCAUCCAUAGCGACGACAGAGGCAGAGGAGGAAGGGGAAGAAGGGCAUGAGAGGGUUGUGGGAGGGCAGGAGCACGGGGCGGAGGGUGGGCAGGGUAGAGCCGAGACGUACAAUGAGUAUACAUUUUCAGCAGCGAUGGCAAGGACCACCGUGCCGCACGGGCCUCACACGGCGCUGGGGCCCAACCACCGGCAGCGGCCCGGCCAUGUCGCACGGCUCUUCUCCAGUCCCGAAAUAGUGGACGAGAUGGCGGCGGAUGCCUUAGAGGCCGCUGCCGCCGCUGGUGCUGACCCCGAAGGGACGGUGCCCGCUUCCUCGGCUAUCAGUCUGGCCGACAAAGGAGGCAUCCAUCCCAUCGUCCUCGCCCGUCCGCCGUCAAUGGCCACCGCCCUGGCACCGGUCUCACCGCUGCCGGGUGUCAGUGGCGUCGGCACUUUUGCGGUACGGCCUCUGGCGGCGGCGGCGGCUCCAGGUGCCGGAGUGUCGGCGGUGGCGCUGGAUGCGGUUCCGGAGCAAGACCGCGGUGAGCUCGUUCGCAGCUGGGCUGACAUGCGUGCCGACUUUGGCGCAAGGCCGCAAGGCUCUGGUAGUCAUGGAGGCACGCCCUCGGUCGCGGCAUUGACGCCGGAGCCGUCGCGUGACGAUGGCGGUCCUGUGUCGGCGUUGCCGCCAUUUGGCGGCGGCGGCGGCGGGGAGGCGGCAGGGCAAGAGGCGCUCCUCGUCUCCUCUGCAACCCGGGCGUCCGCGCCCGGCGACCCCGCCGGCGGUGCCACUCCUGCUACUGCCAGCGCUGCUACCGCAACUACUGCUGAAGCAUCCGCAUGUUGCCACAAGGCCAUCAGCCAAGAGGGCGGCGCUUCGGCGGGCGAAGAGACCCAUCAGGAAGAACACCCUCACCAGCAGCAGCAAGAAGGACAGCAACAACAAGAGCAACAACAAGAACAACAACAACAGCCCGCCGCUGGCGAUAAUGACGGCAGUGCCGGUACUGGCAUUCCCACCGUGGCCACGCUCGACACCGGUUGGCAUUACGAGCUGGCGGAUCCGCUGGAUCAGCUCCUGUCAGUGCUGGCGGGACGUGGCGCACGCAGUGACGCCCAUGCGCAGCGGCUGCUGAGUGACACGUUGCGCAGCGCCGUCUUUGACGCCGUGUCACAGCCACGACCCAACUCCGCGCCGGUGUUGUUCUCCCUGGACGGCAUUGCCAGGAGCAUGCCGCUGCCGCUGGCACCCGCUCCGGACUCCGCCACCGCCGGCAGCGCCGCCGCCGCUGCUGUUACCGCUGCCACACGAUUCCAGGGCGAGGGAGAGCAGGGUCCCGGCGCUGGCCUUACCGGCGGCGGUGAAAGCGCCGGAAGUGACGGGGAGUUGCUGCAGGCGGUGCAACGGGUAGCAGAGCUGAAGGCGGCGCGGAUGUCGGGGUACAGCGGCAGUGGCGCCGCCGUCGCCGCCACCGCUGCCGCGUUGGCUGCAGCGACGUCGACGCCCCACACAUCACAGCACCAGCCGCAGCUACAGGCCCAGCCAGCGCCGCAGCCAACACCCCAGUCCGCACCAUCGGCCCAACCUCCUCUCCCUCGGCAACAGCCACCUCAGCAGCAUCUGGCAGCUGCGGGUUCGGGCGGUGGCGUGCAGCCCACGAGCAGCGUGGUGGGAGCAGCGAUGCUGCCUUCUGGACAGGUUUCGGGGCUGCUGCAGUCGAUUAGCCCUUCCGCGAGCAUGGGAUCCCUGGAUUCCGAGGUUGCAGUGGAGCGACUCAAGGCCAAGAUGCGUGCCUAUCUCAUGCAAAACACAGAGGCUGCAGUUGCUGCUGUCGCUGCUGCCAAUGCUGGCCUGGCCAGCGGCAGCAGCAAGGAACUGGAGUCCUCAUCGGGUGGGUCCGCGAUAUCAGUUCUGCUGUCAGCAUCCAAGGCACACCCAGCCAACAUGCAGCAACAACUUCAGGGAUCGGCAACACAAGAGGCGGCGGCGGUCCUCCCGGGGGGCAGUGACGGCAGCGCUGCCGCUGCCGCCGCGGGGCCGGCGCCAGCGGACCUCCCUGCUUUGCAUGUUGCCGCCUUGGACUCACUGCUACAGCAGGCGACACGGCACCUGCAGGCAGCCAGUGACCCCAGCGCCUCCACCUCGGGCACUGCACAACCGUCGUUGUCAGCGCUAGAGGAGAUUCUCCGUCAGCUGCGGGAGCUUACCCGCAGAAGCAGCGGCAGCAACGGCGGCGUUUCGGCAGUGGUGCCGGCAGCGCCACCGCCACGAUCGCCGCCGCGGCCGUCGGCCGCAGUCCCUGCUGCAGCGGCCAACAGCGACGGGGGCCCCGACGCGACGUUUGGCGUCACAGCCGAUGGGAUGCGGUCGAGGGGCCCGGUGAGCUCUACAGUAACGGGCUCCACGGCGCAAGCCCCCUCCCGAGUCUCGCGGGCAGUCAGCAGCCCCUCGCGUCUGGGUGUAGAGCCAGCAGCUGCCCCACGCGCCUUCUCCACGGCAGCAGCCGGUGGCGGCGACGCAGCGGCAGCUGCCAUUGCAAACGGCAGUUCACGAGCCGCUGACGGUGUUGCCACCCAUGCGCCAGUGCCAUCCGUCGUGUGGGGGCCACCGCUGUUCACCCAGCCUCAGCAGCCCGCCAGCUACCGACAUCCUCCCUCGGGGCCCGCCGCCGGCCCACACACAUCCUACCCGGCGCCGUACCAGGCGCCGCCUCCGUACUUGCGUGAUGACCCGGCAGCGCAUGGCGAUAAGCGCGCCGCGGUGCCGGCGGCAGAGGGGCAGCGGCGGCAGGGCGCAGUGCAGGAUGCAGCGCUCCGCCGGAGCUAUCAGGGUUUGCAGUCGGGCGCGCAUCCGUACCCCGUCUUCUCCUCCUUUGACGCUGCGCAGGGAACAGCUGGCGCUGGCGCCCGCGGCUCAGCACCGCAAGCUGGCGGCCCCUCCUACUUGGAGCUCGCGGCCCAGGCGGCAAAGCUGCGAGAGCAGCUGGCUGCCGCGGCCCGCCAGUCGCCGCCGCAGCAGCAGCCACAACACCAGCCACCGCAGCAGCAGCAACGGCGGCACACCUUCGCAGGCACACAACCCGCCCAGCAAGGCAUCAGCCAUCACCAGCAGCAGCAAAAUGAGACCUUGCAAAACAGGGCCGUGUAUCAUCACCCGGCCCAACCAGACACCCGAGCGGCCACAGCCGCGGCCGGUUUGGCCGCGUCAGCGGACUGGCAGUCGUCUCUGCAGUCCAAGCUCCUGCCGUACGAAGCCAUACGGACGCGCACUUCCCUUAUUGACGCUUCCUCAACGUUUGCAGUGGCGCCGGCCGCGGCCAGCAACGGCGGCGGCGGCCCUGCAGAACAGAUGAGGCCCAGGAAUGCCGCCGCGGCGGCAGCACGCCAGUCGCAGCCCCGGUCGCGACCUCAAUCACCCGCAGGGUUCCGACCUGGGGCGCGUACAAAUGGUGGCAGGGCAGGCGGUCCAGCUGGAGCAUCUGCGCCAGCAACUCCACGCAACGGGGACAUGCCGGCACGCAGCGCCCUUGCAGCGGCGGCGCCGCCACAACAGCACCGGCCCAGCACCAAGAUGGGAGAUCCCGCUUUCCUGCCGAACAAGCCUUUCCUUUUCUCUUUCGGGUUGGAGCGGGAGACGCGGCAAUGGCUGGACGACAUGGGCCUUACGGUUACACCAGCGGAGGAGUCCCUGCCCCUGCUGGACAAUCCGCUCCGAAACGGGUUGCUGCUGGCGGCAUUGGCGGCCUGUCUGGCCGGGUCCCCCCUGCCUGCCGGUGUGGUGACGGACCCGCCUCGAGACGUGCGCUCGGCCCGCACCAACAUCCUGUGUGCACUGGACCACUUGGGGCUGCUGGCGGCGCCGUGGGCGUCCAUCAACUGGUCCGCUGGCUCCCUUCCCUCCUUGCGUCUCAGAGGCUCAUCAGGGAUCAUCGCCAUCAAAGCACUCGGCAGCGCCGGCCGUGGGUACGCCCUACGGCUCAAGGAACGCCAGCUGAGGGCGGGCUUGGGUCUGAUAGCGGAGGUGGAGUCCAUCUUGGCUGGCUCUGCGGACAGCAUCUGGGGGCUGCUCAACUUCAUACGACUGGCCCAUGCGCCGUCGCAGUACCAGCAGCAGCUGCGAGGGAGCGUGGGAGGCUGGAUGGGAGCCGGGAUUGCGGCGGGGCCGGGGCAGAGACGUUGGGGAACCUUGGCUGGGGUGGGCGAGGAGCUCGCACGGAGGACAUUUGACGUUCGGGGCGGCGCUGGCCCCGAUGGAGUGCUUGGGCUUGGACCGGCGCCGGUGCCGGUGCCGGCCAUGGCAGCGGCCGCGGCAGCGGCAGAGACGGCAGCGACGGCAGGACCUACUGCCGCAGCCGGCAACGGCCCGCCGACGAGCAGAAGUGGCAGGGCCAGCCCCGGCCGCCCUGGCAGAGGUGGUGGGGGCGGCCCCGCCGGGGAGGAUGGCUUUAGUCAGCCGGCGGAGUCGCGGUCGGAGCCGUCGCCUAGCCCGCUGCGCGGCGGCGGCAAGGUGACCCUGGCAGUCGGCGGGCGCGGCCGGGUGGCUGGCGGCCCGGUCGCAGACCCGCGGGGAUCCAUUUUCAUGACGACAGGGCCGACGGCUGGGAUGCAGCCCGCCAGCCACGGGCACGCCGCGGCGGCGCUGGCGUCAGCCGCUUCCAGCGCCUCCACCGGCGGCGUCGCGGCGGAGAACGGCCUGCUGUACCGGCCACUAUGGCCGACGAUAACAUCGCUGCCGUACAGUCCGUCGGAGGUGGCUACCCUUGAGUCUUCGUUGCUUCAGUGGCUGAUGGAGGCCGGGGCGAUCAGUCGCCGGGAGGCUGCGCAGGGCUUCCCCGCGCUGCUCCCCAUGUUCGAGGACGGCACCUUCAUUUGCUGGCUGGUGUCCAAUCUGAGUGGCAGACCCAUUGUUGGGGCUCACCGCAGACCUCUAACUGAGGCUGCUCGACGCACCAACUGGUUCAAGGCCAUUGAGGCGCUGAGGAAGCUACCCGGCAUGUCCAGGAGGUUCCUGGUGUACGAGGAAGCGCUCAUGCACUGUGAGCGGCCCCUGCUGACCGGGCUGUUGGAGGACCUGCACCGCCUCGCGGGCGGUAUGCCGCCGGCACCCAGCAAGAUCCUGCCCGACGCCAAACCAUACCUGCCGUACGUGGUUCCGGAGCCCGUGGUGCGCACACUGCCGCCCGACCGCAUCGCAAUAAACCGUGGCUCGCCCGUCGCCUCGCCGCUGUGCACUCCCACACCGGGCCGGACCUCAAACAAUAAGGCCCCCUCCAACCUAGGUCCCCAGGGCGCCGCGAGGUCCCGUAAGAGUACACCCUCGCCCUCACCGCGGGCCGUCACGCCAAGCCGCCACUGGUCCACAGGUAGCGGCGGUUCCGCCACCGCCGCGCCGCACCAGCAGCACCCGCUUUUCCAGAAGGCCGUGCCGCCACCUCCUUGCAACAACUCCGGCUUGCCUCCGGGACAGUUCAAUAAGAAUGCGAACGGCAGUCCUGGCGAUGUGUUCACGAGCCCUGCUGCUGCUGCUGCUGCUGCUGCUGCUGACAGUGACAAUGACGGCGGCGCCGGCGGUGUGAACAGCGCUAGGGAGGGCAGUAAUGGCAGUCCCGGACGCGAGCGGCGGCCACGCAACGUAGCCACUGCCACCGCUGCUGCUGCUGUUGCUGCUGCUGCUGCCGGCGUGCGGCGCGCGGCGGCAGUCAACAGCGCCUCCGCCGGCGGCGCCGGCCGCGGCCUCAUCACCGAUGUCAUGGUAACCCCGACCAAGGUGCUGCCGGCGGCGGCGUUGGCAGCGGCGAUACAAGUUUCAGAGCAGCAGCAGCAGAUGCAGCAGCAGGGGCGGCGGCGGACGGGGCCCGCUAUCACCGCUGUCGACCUACUCCACGCUUCGUUCCCGGUUGUGUGGGCCAACGGGCUGACGAACGUACGGCAGUCUCUCCCGGGACACCCCCCUGGGCAGCAGCAGCAGCAGCAGCAGCACGAUCGCCUCCGACAUCACCAGUACCUGGUGGCGAACCUGCGAGGCAGUCGCUCGAUGGGCGGGGCCCUGGAGUCUUUCUCAUCCUCGUCCCCCGCCGUCUCGCCACGGCUGCGGCUGGUGCCAUCCGCGUUGUAG